AUGUCAUCGCCAACAUCUACAGCGUCACUUCUUCUUUGUGUCUUAGUCAAAUCUGCAAAAAUACAAGCUUUAGACAACGAAUGCUAUUCUUAUGUUAUACUAAAAAUUGAUAAUGUCAAAUCAACCACAAGUGUUGUGAAAGGUCAACAACCGAAGUGGGAACAAGAAUUUUAUUUUGACGUACCUGAUCGCUCGACUGGCCUUCAAAUUGAAUUAUGGGAACGCGGUCCAUUUAGAGAUAAAUUGCUGGGAUUAUGUCAUAUUAGUUUGAAUCGUAAUGAUAAUCUAGAUAUAAUAAAUAUAAAAUCGAAUGCAAAUAUAAUUAAUGGCAAUGAACGAUGGAUUAACCUUGAUUCAGAAUCGAUUUUAAAUCGACAAGGACAAGUUACUCGAACAUGUAAUCCAACAAAACAUUCUCUAUUAAUUCAUACUUAUGUUGAAUUACCAUCUGAUUUAACUGAAGAAGAAUCAAAAGAAUUAACUGAAAAACUUGAAAUUCUUCGUGAAAUUCUGGAUAAAGAGGGACGUCAAUUGCAAGAUGUUACGCUCAAUGAAAUCAAUUCACUUUCUGCAAUGCAUUUUGAUCAACAGCCUCUUCAAUAUCAACAACUGUCUCAUCAAUCUCAUUCACAUUUUUCGGAUGAUAGUGAUUACACAUCAGACGUAUCUUAUCCAAUAAAUACUCAAGCUAAUUUAAAUUAUCCUGUUGCAUCUAUGUCACAAUCGAAUAUAGAUACAUCAACAAAUGAGAACAUAUCUUCAUUAACAUCAACUAAAAAACCAUUAGCAUUUGUUCAACCAGUUAUGAGAGAUUUAAAUUCAGUACCAAACGCAUCUCGGAGAUUAAAUCAAAAUCAAAUGCAAAAUACAAUGCCAUUAGUGGAACAAGAACCACUUUCAUAUAUUAGUCAACCGAGGAAGUUACCAAUGAAUAAAAUAGCAAACUUCAAUCAAGAUGAAACAAAACAUCAAAAAUACUAUUAA